CCACUUCCAAAAAUCUCAAAACUUUACAGAGAGAAGCGAAAAGAAAGAGAGAUCCUUUCCCUUUACAUUUCCUUUACUCGCUUUCUCAAAACCCUAAAAUCCUCCUCCGAUCUGUUCCAACCUCCCAUCAAUAACAAUCCCCUGAAACCCUCGAUUUUGCUGCCGAGGGGAAUGGCAUUUCGGUAAAAUCAGUGGCGAGAAAGAAGUCAUUUUAAAUCAAAUGAGCCUAGCUGAGGUGUGGAGGUCGAGCGUGAAGCUCAACGGUGGAGGAAACAAGAGCGGCGCGUUAUGGAAGUGGAGAUCUUUCUCUAAUGGUCAUCAUCAUCAGCCCAAAAGGACCGUGAUGUGGACAUACGUUUGUGGCUUCAUGCUUUUCACUUUAGGUGUCAUCUCACUCUUCACUGGUCACGUUGUCUCUCACCUUGAGUGGUACUCUCAGCAACUAAGCAAACGGAGCUUACUUGAUAUGAGCCGUAGGGAACCAAUUGAUGUGUGGAAGUCUAAGUACUCGAAGUUCUUUUAUGGAUGUAGUGAAAGAGGAAAGAACUUUCCACCUGCUGUUCAAGAGCACCGGUCUAAUGGGUAUUUGCUGAUUGCUGCUAGUGGAGGUCUGAACCAGCAAAGAACAGGAAUAACAGAUGCAGUGGUUGUUGCAAGGAUUCUUAAUGCUACUUUAGUUGUACCUGAGUUGGAUCACCAUUCUUACUGGAAAGAUGACAGUGACUUUAAUGAUAUUUUUGAUGUUAACUGGUUCAUCUCUUCCCUCACAAAAGAUGUGACUAUAGUAAAGAGAGUACCUGACAGAGUCAUGCGGUCCAUGGAGAAACCUCCUUAUACCAUGCGUGUGCCUCGGAAGUCUACUCCUGAGUAUUAUCUCGACCAAGUAUUGCCUAUUCUCUCCAGGAGACAUGUUCUACAAUUGACAAAGUUCGACUAUAGACUAGCAAAUGAUCUAGACGAAGACAUGCAAAAGCUGCGUUGCAGGGUCAACUAUCAUGCUUUAAGAUUCACUAAGAGAAUACAAUCUGUUGGAAUGAAAGUGGUCAAGAGGAUGAGAAAAAUGGCCAAACGUUUUAUUGCUGUCCACUUGAGGUUUGAGCCUGACAUGCUAGCCUUUUCUGGUUGUGACUUUGGCGGGGGUGAAAAAGAGCGAGCUGAGCUAGCAGAAAUAAGAAAGCGAUGGGAUACAUUGCCUGAUCUGGACCCUCUUGAGGAAAGAAAGCGUGGGAAAUGCCCUCUUACACCUCAUGAAGUAGGCUUAAUGCUGCGGGCUCUUGGUUUUACUAAUGACACGUACAUCUACGUUGCGUCUGGAGAGAUAUAUGGUGGUGAAAAGACACUGAGACCACUUAGAGAGCUGUUCCCAAACUUUUACACUAAGGAAAUGCUUGCUAAUGAUGAGCUCAAGCCUUUGCUUCCCUUUUCCUCACGCCUUGCCGCCAUUGACUACAUAGUCAGCGACGAAAGUGAUGUCUUUAUCACUAAUAAUAAUGGAAACAUGGCUAAGAUUCUUGCAGGCCGAAGGAGGUAUAUGGGGCACAAGAGGACUAUCAGGCCAAAUGCAAAGAAGCUUAGUGCUCUGUUCAUGGACCGAGAAAAGAUGGAGUGGCACACUUUCGCCAAGAAAGUUAAAUCUUGUCAGCGAGGAUUCAUGGGUGAUCCUGAUGAGUUCAAGCCAGGACGUGGUGAGUUCCAUGAGUACCCGCAGGCUUGCAUCUGUCAGAGACCCUUCUCUUACGACAAAACCUCAAAGGAAGAUGAAGAAGAAGACAUACAAGAAGAGGUCCACAACAACACCAGCUCUGGACAUGGUCAUUUGUCUUCAGUAGACCAUGAACGGGACGAAGUGUUCCCAGACUAGUAUAUUUAUCAUCAGUGCAGGUUUGCUGGAUUUUACUGUAACCAGCUGUUGUAAGGAGAUUUGAUCAACACAUGUAGAGGAGAGAGGUAUAGGAGUUUCCCCACGUAGCUACUUGUUGCUUCAAGUGUUUAUAGAUACUUCUAUCUAGUAGGCAUACAUAACACCCACCUCUCUUUUUUGUUUCUUUCCCAGUUUGAAAAACCACCUAAACUAUCUCAUGUAUUUUAUCUUAUUAUAUUACCUCAAAUCUAGUUUUCUUCUUUUGGGUUCUAAACAGUUUGUUUUCCUUUUCUUGUAUUCUCUAGAUUUCUCAAAUGUAAAAUCAAGUUAUUUCCUCUGAUUCUUUACAGUUUUCAUUUGUAUUAUCAAGUUAUUUC